AUGCCGGGAGCUCCCUUCUUCAUCUGCCAGAUGCGCCUGAUACACAUGGACACCGGCCUGGAGAUCCCUGAUGACAGCGUCAACUGGGAGUGGCUGGAGAGAGGCUCCCUUCAGUACGUGGUUCUGGAUGUGAUGUCCUUUGCUCUCGACGAACUUCCGCCCAGCGAAUCCUUGGUCUUGGGUUACACAGAUCUCCACCAGUUGCUGCACCCAAAACUCCUUAUCAGGUGUGCCUUCAGUAUUUGCAAGCAGCGGGGCCAAGCCUUCUGCGAGCACGUCUUUGGCGCCUGGGGCUCGGCAAUGCGGAGCCUUCCGCGGACCGAGGUGAACUCACAGCUCUUUGGCAAGACAUUCCUCACCCGCUGUCUGGACCUUCUUCACGCAGUCGACAGAGAUGUGGAGGACAUCAUGCGUGACAAGUAUCGUGGCGCAGGCGUUCGUUUUCAUCUAGAUGUUUCGGACUUCCAUGACAAGCGCUGGCCAGGGGAUCCCUUCGAAGACUUCCUUCACCAGACUUUUGCAGGCUUGGUCAUCGAGCUCGUCAGGGAGAAGAUGGAUGUUGGAACUGUGGAAAGAACCUUCAACUUCCACAAGUGCGAGACAGAGAAAAUCAAUCUUUGGAGGCUCGUGAGGGGGGAGAAGUACCCCUACAGGAACCGCUCGUCGGGUUAUUGGGGGGGUCUGCGUUUUGGGCUGGGAGCGGACCUCAUGAUGGCGCUGAUCGACAAAGGUCUGCCAAGAUGGUGCUGGGCUGGUUGCUUGGGCCCUUUCAAUGACAAUCUUCUCCAGUACACCAUUGAACCAGCAAGUCAUGUAGCUGCCAUGGACGGCAAAGACGCAGCGCAAGGAAGGCUUUGCAUAUAUCUAGCUCAAAGACUUGACGUUGAAGAGCUGUGCCAUCGGAAUCAGGAUGGCAGAAGUGCGUUGUCCUACGCUGAGGAGUUUGCAGAGCACUUCGAAUCGGGGCCUUUUCGGAGGGACCCAGAUCAAGCUGUCUGGAUUCAAGUACGAGACGUGAUCAGGCAGGAGAUGGAGGCCCACGUCAGGGCGUUUCAGGGCGACCUGCUUGCCUUGGUCGACCUCACGCGAUCCGUGCGAGCAGGCCUUUGUGGUGAUGCCGAUGCUCUCGAGUCGCUUCCAGCCUUCGAAGAUGAGCUUUGGCUGCGCGCUGCCCUGGUCCGUGACGAGUGGCUGAGGAUGGGCUGGACGUUCCGCGAGGGCAGCGCCGACCAGCAGAUUUCUGAGGUUCUGAGCUGGCACUACCAGGCGGUGGGGCAGGGCUUGCGACAUCUCUAG